UAAACUCGCAACCCAAGUCCCUUGUCCUCAGCUAAGAACUAUUAUGAAGCAAGGAUUUGGGCUCAAUUCCUUAUCCACGGUAUAAAACAGGAUUUUGCUUUAAAUAGCAGUCACUUGCACUUGUUUCAAGUCAAAACAUUUAAAAUUUUCAGAAUAGAAUACUUGAUUCUUUUAGUACAUGUUUUUUUCCCCUCGUAUUUCAACUGUUUGGAAAUAUUUUAUAUUUGGGUAAGUUGUCCAGCUAUAUAGUUCGUAUUUCUCUAUAUUUUUACUUAUCCUUAUUGGAAAUGGAGGUGAACAACUUAAAUACCAAACCAGUAUUUGAAAGAAAUGUGUAUAAGGCAUGUGGCAUAAAUGGGGUUGGGAGAGAGAAGACUUGGUACAUUUCAUUAGCAACUGCAAAUGGAAUAUAUAUAUUUUUUAAUAACAAAUUUAAACUGGCAGACAAAUAUGAGUGAUUAGGAUUUUUGUAUGUAGUCAGCCUGGACUUCCGGUGGAUUUUCUUCCAGCAACCAUCACGCUAGUCAUAGUUUUAAGUAACAGUGUUUUGUGUGGUUUUGUUGCUUUUUAAUUAAAAAAUCACUACCACCACCACUACUAAAAGCCCACAAAUUUUUGGCUUCUGGACUUUUCAAAAUACAUGGUAGACUUCUGAUUUUAGACUUUUUUGUUUGGGGGAGGCAGGGGGAGACAGAAGGGAUGCUGAACCCAGAAAUGUAGAAUGGCAAAAGAGCCUUGUGGGAGAUUUAAAGUUGAGGCAGUGCCUGACUUUGGGAUAGAGUGAUACUGAUUGGGGGGUAAGAGCUUCAGGUUUCCCCAGCAAUAACUCACCUAUUCCCUUCUGCUCAAGAAAGAUCAUGUUGACUUGGAAUUAUAGCAGGAGAACUGUUGGGGCCCCAACUGUUGCUGUCUCUGCACAGGGUUAUGUCCAGAGCACCUACCUGCUUGCAGGUCAGGAUAGGGUUUCAGGGCUAGUUCAGGAGAAAAUCCCAACCCACCAGUGCAACCAAAAGGGGCAGGGAGUGGAGGGAGAGCUUCACCUAUAGCCAGGGUUUUCACAAGCAGCAUUUUUUCCCUCCUGACAUCUGAGCUCUAAGCUCUGAACCCAGCCUGUAUUAUAGCAAGUUCUCUGGUCUAAUUCAUGUUUGGUAACCUGUACUCAGUCACCUUUCUGUGUGAUUUGUAUUUGAAAUGUAAAUUUGACUUGGUUGGUAUUUCCAUUAAAAUAUCAGGGUUAAUGCUGUGUAUAUAUUUUUCUUACUAAUGAUUUUAUAAACAGACUCCCUGGCAAUCCUAGGAGGAGGAAAAAAGCUGCCAAUGGCUUAAUAGGAUAACAUGAAAAUGAAAUUGGAGGUGUCUCUAUAAUGGCUUCUCUUCAGUCCUGUGUGGUGAAAUACAGUAUUAUAUUAGGAUCUUCAAUGCUAUGGCUGUAACAUGCCCUCUCAAAAUCUUUCCAGAAUUUCUGGUGAUGACCGACAGCCAUAUACAUAAAAUGGGUAGUAGAGGAAGCAGAGGUUACUGGGGUGAGAGCCGCCUUUAUUUAACACAAUGUCCAUUCCCCGGCUCUUUCCACGUUAAGCAGACAGAUUUUCGAGAUAGAACCAGCCAGAAGUUGGAUUGGGACUGGAGGGCCAGGGGAUACCUACUUGCUGCUGCCGAGGCUGGGUGAUUGUGUCUGUAGUGCCUAAUGAUCUCCUGUCUGUCCCCGAAUUUCGGAGAACCUAAGCGUUAAACUUAUUUUAUUUAUGGAUUUGCCCAGUGGUGGCCCACCGGCCUGGACGAAGUAGAGGAGAGCCCCGGAAGUGCCGCUUUCAGCUCUCAGCGCCCGGUUCAAAGUUCAGAACCGCCGAGCUUCCGAGAGCCGCGGUGUUGCGAGAACAGCGGCUGGAAGGCGCCUUCGGUUGCCGGAACCUUUGUUUCCAGGCUGCGGGGACUCACGGGCAGCACGCGGGGCCACACCGGUAGCACCCGAGGUCUUCCGGGGAGAAGACUGGGCGCGCGGCGAUGGCGAUGGCAGCGGCGCCGGUCCUGAAGAACUGGCGCACUACGCUAGAACGGGUGGAGAAAUUCGUGUCGCCGCUCUACUUUACUGACUGUAAUCUCCGCGGCAGGCUCUUCGGGGAAAGCUGUCCGGUGGCCGCGCUUUCCAGCUUCCUGACACCCGAAAGGCUUCCCUACCAGGAGGCAGUACAGCAGGACUUCCGCCCCGCGCAGGUCGGCGACAGCUUCGGACCCACAUGGUGGACCUGUUGGUUCCGGGUGGAGCUGACCAUCCCGGAGGCAUGGGUGGGUCAUGAAGUUCACCUUCGCUGGGAAAGUGAUGGAGAAGGUCUGGUGUGGCGAGAUGGGGAACCAGUCCAGGGUUUGACCAAAGAGGGGAAGAAGACCAGCUAUGUCCUGACUGACAGGCUAGAGGCAGGAGACCCCCGGAGCCUGACCCUCUAUGUGGAAGUAGCCUGCAAUGGGCUCCUAGGGGCCGGGAAGGGCACCAUGAUCGCAGCCCCUGACCCAGAGAAGAUGUUCCAGGUGAGCCGGGCCGAGUUGGCCACCUUCCACCGGGAUGUCUACAAGCUCUUGGUGGAUCUGGAGCUACUGCUGGGCAUAGCCAAGGGCCUCGGGGAGGACAACCAGCGCAGCUUCCAGGCCCUGUAUACAGCCAACCAGAUGGUGAACGUGUGUGACCCUGCCCAGCCUGAGACCUUUCCGAUGGCCCAGGAUCUGGCCUCCAGGUUCUUUGGCCAACGUGGAGGUGAAAGCCAACAUACUAUCCAUGCCAUGGGGCACUGCCACAUUGAUACAGCCUGGCUCUGGCCCUUCAAGGAGACCGUGCGGAAAUGUGCCCGGAGCUGGGUUACAGCUGUGCAGCUCAUGGAGCGGAACCCUGAGUUCAUCUUUGCCUGCUCCCAGGCACAGCAACUUCAGUGGGUGAAGAACCACUAUCCUGGCCUUCAUGCCCGGCUCCAGGAGUUCGCCUGCCGUGGCCAGUUUGUGCCUGUGGGGGGCACCUGGGUGGAGAUGGAUGGGAACCUUCCCAGUGGAGAGGCCAUGGUGAGGCAGUUCCUGCAGGGCCAGAACUUCUUCCUGCAGGAGUUUGGGAAGAUGUGCUCCCAGUUCUGGCUGCCAGAUACAUUUGGCUACUCAGCACAGCUCCCCCAGAUCAUGCGCAGCUGUGGCAUCACGCACUUCCUGACCCAAAAACUGAGCUGGAAUUUGGUGAACUCUUUUCCCUGCCUGAAGCACCAUACCUUUUUCUGGGAGGGGCUGGAUGGCUCGCGUGUGCUGGUCCACUUCCCACCCGGUGACUCAUAUGGGAUGGAGGGCAGUGUGGAGGAGGUGCUGAAGACCGUGACCAAAAACCGGGACAAAGGACGGACCAACCACAGUGCCUUCCUCUUUGGCUUUGGGGAUGGGGGCGGUGGCCCCACUCAGACCAUGGUGGACCGCUUGACACGGCUGUGCAAUACAGAUGGGCUGCCUAGGGUGCAGCUGUCUUCUCCGGCACGACUCUUCUCAGCUCUGGAGAGUGACUCGGGGCAGCUGUGCACAUGGGUCGGGGAGCUCUUCCUGGAGCUGCAUAAUGGCACCUAUACCACCCACGCCCAGAUCAAGAAGGGGAACCGGGAAUGUGAGCGCAUCCUGCACGACGUGGAGCUGCUCAGCAGCCUGGCUCUGGCCCGCAGUGCCCAGUUCCUAUACCCAGCAACCCAGCUGCAGGAUCUUUGGAGGCUCCUGCUCCUGAACCAGUUCCAUGACGUAGUGACUGGAAGCUGCAUUCAGCUGGUGGCAGAGGAAGCCAUGUGCCACUACGAAGACAUCCGUUCCCAUGGCAACACAUUGCUCAGCGCUGCAGCCGCAGCCCUGUGUGCUGGGGAGCCAGGUCCUGAGGGCCUCCUCAUUGUCAACACGCUACCCUGGAAGCGCACGGAAGUAUUGGCCCUGCCUAGGUCUGGUGGAGCCCACAGCCUAGCACUGGUGACAGUUCCCAGCAUGGGCUAUGCUCCUGCCCCCACCUCACUGCAGCCCCUGCUGCCCCAGCAGCCUGUGUUUGUCGUGCAAGAGACUGAUGGUUCUGUGACUCUGGACAACGGCAUCAUCCGAGUGAGGCUGGACCCGACAGGCCGCCUGACAUCCCUGGUGCUGGUGGCCUCUGGCAGGGAGACCAUUGCUGAGGGUGCUGUGGGGAACCAGUUUGUGCUGUUUGACGAUGUUCCCCUAUAUUGGGAUGCUUGGGACGUAAUGGACUACCACCUGGAGACACGGAAGCCAGUGCUGGGACAGGCAGGGACCCUGGCAGUGGGCACUGAGGGUGGUGUGCGGGGCAGUGCCUGGUUCCUGCUGCAGAUCAGCCCCAACAGUCGGCUCAGCCAGGAAGUUGUACUGGAUGUUGGCUGCCCCUAUGUCCGCUUCCACACUGAGGUGCACUGGCACGAGGCCCACAAGUUCCUGAAGGUGGAGUUCCCUGCCCGUGUGCGGAGCCCCCAGGCCACCUAUGAGAUCCAGUUUGGGCACCUGCAGAGGCCCACCCACUGCAACACCUCUUGGGACUGGGCUCGAUUUGAGGUGUGGGCUCACCGCUGGAUGGAUCUGUCAGAGCACGGCUUUGGGCUGGCCUUGCUCAAUGACUGCAAGUACGGCGCGUCAGUGCGAGGCAAUGUCCUCAGCCUUUCUCUCUUGCGGGCACCUAAGGCUCCCGACGCCACUGCUGACAUGGGGCGCCACGAGUUCACCUACGCGCUGAUGCCGCACAAGGGCUCCCUCCAGGACGCUGGCGUUAUCCGUGCAGCCUACAGCCUCAAUUUUCCACUGUUGGUGCUGCCCGCUCCGGGCCCGGCGCCGGCUGCUGCCUGGAGCGCCUUCUCAGUGUCCUCGCCUGCAGUUGUGCUGGAGACCGUCAAGCAGGCGGAGACUAGUCCCCAGGGCCGCACACUGGUCCUCAGGCUGUAUGAGGCCCACGGCAGCCAUGUGGACUGCUGGCUGCACACAUCGCUACCAGUUCAGGAGGCUGUCCUCUGCGACCUCCUGGAACAGCGUGAUCCUGCUGGCCACCUGCCCCUUGGAUGCCCGCUUGAAGCUCACCUUUUCUCCCUUCCAAGUGCGGUCCCUGUUGCUCGUGCUGCAGCCCCCACCGAACUUGAGUCCCUGAGAGUGGGGUUUGUUUGUGGAAGGCUUUGGGGGCUCCUAGUUUCUGCCUCCCCAGCCUGAAGCAAGGAUGAGUCGCCUCCUGAACAAUAAAUCCUUGGCUCGGGAAUCCUGCUGGUA